GCUAAUUAAAGUGAAAAAUGUAAUUAUUUCUACAUGGUUACCAGGAGUUUUUGAAUAUAUGAUAAAGGCUUUUCCUGCUAUAGAAUUUUUAGAAAUCCCUGUUGAAAGAAAUGCUAAAGAGUGCAAACCUAUAUUAAAUGAUGAAAUCAAAAGAAAUGUAAAACACUAUGAAUUUGUAUUGGCUGAUGCUGCAGUAGGUGCCUUAUUAAUACCUUGCAUACCUAAUAUCAAAUGGAUCCAAUCUGUUUCUGCUGGUGUCGACGGAUUUUUCAAAGACUUAGAUAAAAAACAGAUUCCAAAAGAAUUAGCUUUUACUCGAAUGACUGGUGUUUUUGGAACUGUUAUGGCAGAAUAUGUCAUAGCACAGAUAAUCAUUCGAGAAAGACACUUUUAUCAAAUGCACGAUAAUCAAAAACUUUGCAAAUGGGACAGUGUAGAAUGGGGCUAUAGAACAUUCUCAGAUCUUACAAUUGGAUUCAUGGGUCUAGGCGAUAUUGGAGAAGAAAUCUCCAGGUCGUGCAAAGCUUUUGGCGCGAACAUCGUAUCCCUUACCCGCAGCAGGAGGCGAAAGAGUGAAACUUUGGAUAUUUCUAUGGUAAAUGACGAAAUGGAAGUAUUCUUAAAAUCGUGCGACUAUAUCGUAUCCGUUUUACCUAGCAUCCCCUCUACCAAGGGUAUGUUAAAUGGAGACGUUUUAAAGGCUGCCUCAGACAAAAAACCUAUACUAGUCAAUAUUGGUAGGGGUGAUUUAAUAUCCGAAGAGGACUUGAUUCGCGCCAUUGAGCAAAAUUGGAUAUCCGGUGCCAUUUUAGACGUUUUCGAGACAGAACCAUUACCUCCCGAUAGUAAAUUAUGGACUAUGCCCCAGAUUACGAUAACUCCUCACGUAUCGGGAACGUCAAUGCCAUCAAUGGUGGCCAAAGUUUUCAAAGAAAAUAUGGAACGUUACGAAAACAAUAUGCCACUGCUAGGCUUGGUAGAUUAUGAAAAAGAAUUUUAAAAAAAUUCUCAAUUUUUUUCUUCAAAAAUUCGGGUUAUCAUAUAUUUAAUAUAUUAAAAAAAUA